UAUCCAGGAUUCAGGCACUCUCGGCUUCAGCUCCUCACUUGGUUCACCGCCUGGCUAUAAGAUGCGACGUCAUGAGAUGAUCGCGCCUGGCAGAUGUUGCUGUGUUGCAGUUGCACAGGCAUAGAUUGUCCGCUUCUUCUCGCCGUUCCGGGGAUGCUUCUGUAAAACGGUUCGUAUGAUAAAUGUUUAGUCCUCGCUUUGUGCUCGGAUAGAUAGCAACAUUCAUUUAGUAUUCGGGAUUGCAUAAAAUGAUACCUGGAUCUGCCGCAUCAAUGCUACCAUCUGCAGAAGCUGCGAAAUUGUACCAGACCAAUUACGUCCGCAACUCCCGUGUUAUCGGACUUUUAUGGGCCAUCUUCACUAUCCUGUUCGGUAUUGUUAACGUGACCAUAUUCUCACAGCCCUAUUGGAUUGGGGAUGGCGUGGAUACGCCGCAGGUCGGCUACUUCGGCCUUUUUCACUUUUGCGUCGGAGACGGAAUCUCCAGAGAGCUGGCCUGCCAGGGUAGCUUCACUGAGUUCUCCGCUAUCCCCUCCAGCGCGUUCAAGGCCGCCUCCUUCUUCAUUGGAAUGUCCAUGAUGCUGGUUGUCACCUGCAUCGGCUGCUUCAGUCUCUUCUUCCUCCUCAGCACAUCCACCGUGUACAAGAUCUGUGGCUGGAUGCAAGCAGCAUCAGGUGUCUGUCUGGUGCUCGGUUGCAUGAUCUAUCCUGAUGGUUGGGACAGUGAUGAGGUCCGGCGGAUGUGUGGCGAGCAGACGGACAAAUACAGCCUGGGGGCCUGCUCAGUACGUUGGGCCUACAUCUUGGCUAUUAUGGGCAUCCUGGACGCUCUUAUCCUCUCCUUCCUGGCCUUUGUCCUGGGGAACCGGCAGGACGGACUCAUGACAGAAGAGCUGCUGGCCGAGAGCAAGGAGGGGGGCAACGCCUAACCAAAUAUUUAGGUUCCUAAUUUUCCAUGUGUCUGUCUUCACAAUGUUCCAGUCCCUCAACAUCAGCUUAAAGGAGGGAGCCCACCCGGGUCUGCAAAGGAGGAGAUGAAUACUAUAGAACCAGCCAGCCUGCCUUUCACAUCUACCUGCCAAAAAAACAGUGUAACCUACCCUUGAUGUCCACCCAUCUUGCUUGCAGUCCCUAAACCAUCAUCCCUAGCCCUUAGUUGGAGCCCAAUACACUUUUAUCCCUAUGUGUCUACAGAGCUAACCCUAGCACAACAUUGCAUUGACCAUGACAGGGGCAGAGACUGUUAUCCUAUUGAGAAGUAUAUGGACUACCCACUACCUACCUGAGAAGGCACAGGGUUGACAUUGUACAUCUGCAGUACGAGCAGACAGACACAAACACACACACACACACACACACACACACAUACACACACACACACAAACACACACACACACACGCACACAAGCGUGCCACCUCACUCAUAUGCACAAACAUAACUCUGUAACAUAUGCACAUACAUUACGUUCAAACAAAACAUUAACAAACUGUAAUUACAAGUAUUAAACUAUGUUACCACUUAGCCGUGUGUACCACCGUCAGAAUGUGUGUCAUGUUUUAUUUGUGAAAAGAAGAAACUGCUCAUUUUCAGAUAAUAUCGGGUUAAUGUAAAUCUGUUGUGUUUCAUAAUAUGUAAGGUUUGACAAUGAAAUGAAAGUUUUAGUUUCUCCUUUUGCCCUUUGUUCCUCUUCAUUUAUUAGAAAAAGAUAUCUAAGACUAUUUUAUAAGAAUAUUACCAUCCAAAAGAGAAAAAACUUGUAUUACAAAGUAUGUACAGUGAAUAUUAAAGAUGUUCUAGGAAUUUUACCUAAAUCCAUUCAAUGCCCUGCUAGCUAACUUUGCACAGCGCUUCAGUUUGAGAAGAAGUCUAAUAUUUUAUAGUCUGUGGUAUCUACACUGUGAUGGGGGCUACUAGGACUGUGUGCUCCAGGACUCGUAACUGCUGUUUGAGUACGCUUCUGUAUGUGUGUGUGUAGUCUGUGGAUGUGUGUGAGUGUGAGUGCAUGCACAUAUGUGACUGUUGGUGUGAAUGUUUUGUGUUUGUUGGGCUAGUGAACCCAAUAUGCCAGCCUCACACCCAAUUGUCCUGUUGUGUAGCUAAAUCUCUGUCUCUGUCUUUGAUCCCAGCUCUCUUUUUCUGUUUCGCUCUCUUUGACUCCCUUUCUCGCUUUGUUUUGUUGGGACAUACAGGCUAUCAUGAUGGCGUCACAGUAUUAUGUGUAGUGACUGGGCCUGAGGAGUGAACUCCUGGAUUGUGAUGGAUUAGUGAAGCCUGUCCCAGCCUCGCCUCUGGAUAUGUUCCUGUGUAAAUAGAUAUUCUAUAGAUACCAAACAAUUGACAAAUAUGGAGAGGGAGGUUAACUUAGAACAAUUAAAUAGAUAACUUUAAGAAUAUAUGAACACUUAAUAAAGAUUUUCACU